AUGAGUUCUUCGAUUAUAUCGAGGACGCUUUGCCUACAAUGUCGCAUCUCAGUGGCAGGCAGAUACAUGCAUCCGGCCUAUCGAGCUGUGUCCACCAGCUCCGCCAUCAACAGAGGUCUACGUGCCAGCAAAGAUGACGGCGAUGGCAAAAGGGGAGGCAGAGAUCGCAGCCGACCAUCAACUUUCUCAUCAGCAUCACGUUCUGGCUCUGGCCGCUCUAGGGACGGUAUAACCUCCAGACGGCAGUCUACAGGACAGCGAGAGGAUUGGGGACCAGCCUUUCGAAGAGACAAACACGACUUUCCGGAGCGUACACGAUCUUCUUAUCGUGAUGACCGGAAACCCUCGUUCCGCAGAGACGAUGACAGGCCAAAAAGGAGCUCCUCUUCAUCGGGCCGUGGAGAUCGAGGUUCAGCUUUCAGUAGAGAUGGUGACAAGCCCAAACGUAGCUUUCAGUCGUCAGAUCGCGAUGAGCGGAAACCAUUCUCUCGUGGGAAUGAUUCAAGACCGCAAAGGACCUCACGCUUGUCUGAGCGGGAAGGUUUUCGACCAAGGCGUUCAUCUGACGCGCAAUCAGCACCAGACCGUGAUGCUCCUCGAUUUGGCGAUAAGGGACAACCAGGAAUACUACGGACGGUCAAAACUGCUUGCCAGCUAGUGCAACAGAUGCAGGAGCGUGAGGCCAACGAAGAUGGCGUCGACCACAUGGCCAAGGAGAUGAAGUCGACUUUGCAGAUCAUCAACAAGUUCGUACAGUCUGGCAACUUCAAAGACAAGCCGUCAGAAGCGAUCGCAUCAUUGUUCGAGAAGAAGGCCCCGGAUGGCACUUUCGCGCAGGGACGCCCGCAGCCCAGUUCGCGGAGCGUGAUCUACCAGGGCAGGGAUGGCUUCUUCGACUUAUCCUUGGGUCAGGCUGGACUUGAAGCGCCGAAACGAGCCCCAGUCAAGUCGAGUAGGCGGGAAUCAGAAGAUCGGGUAGACAGGCCGAGACGUGACAACAAUGACCCUCGCUCUGACCGUCGUGGUAACCCACGCAACAGAAAUGACGAAGAAGACGAGGAAGACGAGAUCCCGGUGUCUGUUCCAUAUACGACAGCAGCUAGCCAGUUCUUGUACGGGUACAACUCCGUGCUCGCGGCCCUUCGGUCAAAGCGACGAAAGCUGUACCGCCUCUACGUGCACCCAAAGAUCUUCGAGAAAGAGUCUGCCAAGUCUGGCUCUGCAAAUCACUACGACAGAGAACGGCCAGCGCACGAGUUUGUUGCGCUUGCUAAGGAGGCAGGCAUUCCCUUCCGGAACGAGUUCAAGACAGCUCUGCUGGACCGCAUGUCCGAUGGUCGACCACACAAUGGAGUUGUGCUCGAGGCCUCAAGACUACCAGCACCACCGGUACUAAGUCUUGGCAAGCCAGAUGCACGCCAGUCCACCAUUCCACUCAAUCUCGGCCCUCAAAACGCAGACGACGUCGCCAUCAACGGCUCACCUAAGUUCCUGCGAGCCAUGAGCGAUACCUGGCGCCAGCCAUUGAUCCUCCUUCUCGACGGCAUCACAGAUCCCGGCAACAUCGGCAACAUCAUCAGAACAGCUCACUUCUACGGCGUUGACGCCGUAGCAGUCGCCUCCAACACCUGUGCAAACCUCUCCUCCGCAGUCCUCGCCAAAGCCUCCUCAGGCGCCUGCGAAGCCGUCCGUCUCCUCUCCUUACCACAACCAUCAAACUUCGCCUACGACUCCGCUAGAUCAGGCUGGAAAAUCUACGCGGCUGUUGCUCCCGAGCCUGGAAGUCGUGAUGCAGCUCGAACGAUCACGACCCGCGCAGUGGCGAAGGCGAGUCCUCUACUGAAGUACCCAAGCAUCCUCAUGCUGGGCGCUGAAGGAGCAGGUCUGAGGGAGAACUUGCGAAACCGCGCAGAUCACUUCGUUACUAUCGAAGGUGGUGUGAAGCCGCAGAAUAUGCCUGAUGUGGGAGUGGAUAGUCUGAACGUUAGCGUGUCUGCGGGUGUAUUGGUGGAGGCAUUCUUGAGGAAGCCUGCUAAUGCGCCGGAUAGGAAGGAUACUAGGAGUGAGUUGGGCUGGUAG